AAGAUGGCGAACGUUCGGGAUAGUGAUACAUCCUUGUGGCUUCACAAUAAACUCGGAAUAUCGAAUGAUUCGUGGACAAGUGGCUCAAUUUGUUCUCAAUUAAACGCGGAAGUGCUGAAAAAUAUUAAAGAUUGUUUUCCAGAUUUGCAAACACAAGUGAAGCUAAAAUUAUUGCUAAGUUUCUUUCAUAUCCCGCGCAGAAAUGUUGAAGAGUGGAGAAAUGAAUUGGAGGAGAUCAUUGAAGUUGCAGCGGUGGACUCUGAUCUCUGGGUUGCGAUGCUGGCUGAAGUCCUUAAGACAUUCCCAGCAACUGGCACACUUAAUACAGAGAUAGCGGAGUUUGAUGAGACCAGACCUAUCUUCAGUGACAUGAUAGGAGAACUGAGGAGGGAACUGGCCAAACAUUCAGAUCUUAAUCUAUUGCCAUUAGAGUGCCUAUAUUUAAAUAAAAAUGCCUUAGUAUCUGUGGUUGGUCAACAACCGAAUCCUGUUAAACAUUUUACAUUGAAACGCAAACCGAAAUCAGUUGCUUUAAGGAGUGAGUUACUUGCUAAAGCUGCGGAGAUCCAAGCUAAUCAGAAGAAAGCACAAGCUCCCACAGUUCCCGUCAGAUCUAGAGGAAUGCCUAGGAAAAUGACAGACACAACGCCCCUGAAAGGUCUACCCACUCGCUGGGCUGCACGUACUGGAUCCAGAGUACUAGCGCCUAUAUCUCGGCCACCUCCACGCUCCGGCAUCAAGCUUUUAGAUAUCAAUGAGCAGCCGGCAACUCAUGCACAGAUCAAGAAGAGAAGGAAACUUGAAAUUGAGGAAGGAGCUAAGAAGCAGCCACCGGCAGCGCCACCGUCUCCACCUCCUGACUAUGCCAAGGGGCUCAACUAUCAGAUGCCCAAAGCAGAUGACCAGACCAGCAGCGAAACACUGACUUCAGCGAAUAAUAUGGAAACAACAGUACAAUCAGAGACAGAAGUUAACAACAGCACACCUCCGGAGCCGCCCACUUCAGAACCUAACACCAUUCUCUUACAGCAACCAGCGGCAAAACCAAUAGUGAUAGGUCAGCAGCCCAAGUUACUAAUAAGUCAGGCUGGAGGCAAGUCAGUUCUGUUGUCUACACAAAAUCUACUCAACUCCUCAGCAGUCACCAUAUUGCAGGGUGGUGGCAAGACGGUCGUUCUGCAGAAUAUCAAGCCGCUAACGCCUGCCGGUCACACCACAGCGAGAGUCGUGCAACAGAUUGCUCAGCCCAUUAUGCAGAUGCCGGGCACGGUACAGUCGACGCAGUUGCCGGUGGGCGGCGUACACUCGGCGCCCCCCGCGCCCACCGCACCCCCUGUCCAACCCUCCGUGCCCGCCGCGCCCACCGCACCCGUCAAUGUACAGUCACUGCCGCACUCUGACCGCGACCAGCAGGAAGACCAGCAGAUACAGAUACAGCAACCCGCACCGCCGCAACAGACGCUGGUACAACGCAGGGGACUCUCGCUUACGCGUGAACAAAUGCUGGAGGCACAAGACAUGUUCCGCAACGCAAACCGCGUCACAAGACCGGAGAAGGCGCUUAUACUUGGCUUCAUGGCCGGCUCCAGGGAUAAUCCAUGCCCUAACUUGGGUAACAUAGUAACUAUAAAGUUAUCAGAAAACUACGAGAAUGUGAUACAAUCUGAUGACACAUUCGUAACAAUGGUGGCUGAAAUGCACUUCCAAAUGAAUUACAACAACGGUCAGUGGACUCGACUCAAGAAGUAUCGGCCGCUAGAUGGCGCUGUACCACAGAAGAUAUUACCCGGCUCCUCCAUCAUAGCACCCAACAACCAGUCAAUAGUUACCUUAACUAACCAAAAUGGCAGUUAAAACUAAACUAAACUGUUGACGGUUAUUGCUUUACCAAUAUCUUAUAUA